GGUGGCACAGCAAAAGGGACAGCCGGGUGGCCUUGAGGGGCUGGUGGCACUCCCAGGAGGUUCAGGAGGAUCCUCGGGACACCUCGGGGUGUCACCGCCGUGGGGAAGGCGCCGGCGGGGCCGGAGGCGGCUCCAGAGACGGGACCGGGACCGGGACAAGCGGGACGGGACCGGGAUCGGAACCGGGACAUCGGGACCGGGAUCGGGACCGGGACAUCGGGACCGGGAUCGGGACCGGGACAAGCGGGACGGGACCGGGACCGGGACCGGGAUCAGAACCGGGACAUCGGGAACGGGAUCGGAACCGGGACAUCGGGAACGGGAUCGGGACAACCGGGACGGGACCGGGAUCAGAACCGGGACGUCGGGAACGGGACAGGGACCGGGACAUCGGGAGUGAGACCGAGACCCGGACAUCGGGAACAGAACCGGGACAUCGGGACCGGGAUCGGGAUCGGAACUGGGACAUCGGGAACGGGAUUGGAACCGGGACAACCGGGACGGGACCGGGACAACCGGGAGUGAGACCGAGACCCGGACAUCGGGAACAGAACCGGGACAUCCGGACCGGGAUUAAAACACCGGGACCGGGACUGGGACACCGGGAGAGGGACCAGGGCCGGUACCGGGAUACUGGGACCAGAACCGGAGCUGAUUCUGGGGCAGCAGAACCGGGACUGGGACCAGAGAGAGCAUGCAGGUGACCCUGGUGACCCUGGUGGCCCUGGUGGCCCUGGUGGCCCUGGUGGCCCUGGCGGGCUCAGAGCCACCAGAACCGGCCGGGGUGACCCAGCUGGUGACAGAUUUUGGGCUGCGGCUGUUCCGGGCGGCGCUGGCAUCCCGAGGUGACACCAACGUCAUCUUGUCACCCUACGGGGCCACCUCGGUGCUGGUGGCCCUGCAGGUGGCCACGGCCGGGAGGGGCCGGCGGCAGCUGGAGGCGGCCACCGGCUUCAGCAUCGACGGCCCGGGGGUCGCGGCCGAGCUGCGGGGGCUGCGCCGGGCGCUGCGGGGUGGGGGUCCCACCCUGGAGGUGGCCCAGGGGCUCUUCGUGGCCCGCGGGGUGGCCCUGAGGGGGGGCUUCGUGCCCCGGCUCGCGCGCGCCCUGGGACCCCGCAGCCUCGCCCGCCUGGAGCUCGGAAAUGGGGAGGGGGCCAGGAGGGUCCUCAACGCCUGGGCCCGGGAGAGGACCCGCGGGCUGGUUGUCGGGGCCUGGUGGCCCCCGGGGCGCUGUCCCCCCGGCCGGGCCCGGCCCUUCCUGCGGCCCGACGGCUCCCAGGGCCACGCCCCCAUGAUGGCGGCCACGCUGCGGCUGCCGUGCGGUGAGUGUGACACCUGGGGGACACCUGUGACUUCCAGACCCCCGCGGGGGUCCCGUUCCGGGUGGCCGAGGUCCCCUACGCGGGGGGGGAGGUGGCCCUGCUGCUGGUGGCCCCCCUGGAGCGCCACGUGCCCCUUGUCACCCCUGGUGCCACUGCUGGACGCCGCCGCUGUCACCAACUGGGUGACACAGCUGCGCCCCGCCCCCCGCCUGCUGGUGCUGCCGCGGUUCUCCCUGGAGAUCCUGGACCUCCGGGGUCCCCUCAAGGCCUUGGGGGUCCUCGACCUCUUCGACCCCGAGCGCGCCGACUUCUCCCCCCUGACAGGUGAGGAGCACCUGGUGCUGGGCCCGGUGCUGCAGAAGGUUCGCUUGGAGGUGACAGAAAACGGCACCGAGGCGGCCUCGGCCUCAGCUGCCGUGGUUUAUUCCCGCAUGGCCCCCCCCGAAAUCGUCUUGGAUCGACCCUUCCUCUUCUCAUCCGGCACCGCCCCACAGGCGCCGUUCUCUUCGUGGGGCAGGUGACGGAGCCCUGACCCCCCGAGGGGGGUAAGACCCCCCAAAAUUGGGACACCCCAAAAUUGGGACACCCCAAAAUUUGGACAACCCUAAAAUUGGGAUACCCCAAAAUUGGGACACCCCAAAUUUGGGACACCCCAAAAUUGGGACAACCCUAAAAUUGGGACACCCCAAAACGGGGGUCCGGUGGGAUCUGGGGUAGGGGGGGAGCCGUAAUUUAUUGUGAAGAGUUUAAUAUAUUAAACGGAAUAAAUGGAAUAAAUUUAUUGGCUGUA